AUGCCCCUCGUCGUCCCCGGAAUCACCAACACCAGCGGCUCUGGCUCUGGGAGCAAGGAAGAAUGGCUCAACAAGCUCGUUGGGAAGAGGAUUGCUGAUUCCCAUAAUGAGACUUGCUUUGCAAAGCAAGACCUCCCCGAGACUCACCGUAUCGUAAAGCCGGGCGAGGUCACGACCAUGGACCACAGGCCCGAGAGGCUCAACAUCCACGUUGACGAGAACGACAACGUUCGUGAUGUCAACUACGGGUAG